GCUGGCUUGACUACGGAGAAACGAGAGGCGGCUGGCUUGACCGUCACUCAGACUAUACAGCUGCCAGUUUGCGUUUUCGCUGCAGCACAAACCCGCUCUCUCUGCUAGACUCUCACACACACGCCUCAGCCACAUCUUUGUGUUUAGCAAGGACGUGACUGACGCGAUCGGAAGCAAUAGUUGCAGCCUUACAAUGGGUCUUCAUUUUGGUGAAGAUUGACUGCCGUGCUACAAGCUUUGCUUUCAAAUCCCGCACUGUUGUGGCACAUAAAGGCACUUUUGCAGCCGCUGCCCUCCCACUCCCAGUCCCGGAGAGAACUCCUCCCUUUCUGCAAUCGUGCGCAGCUCUCUGUACUUCACCUGUGCUCCGGACAUUUUGCGGACUUUCCACACUCCUCUUAGAUAACAGUGACACAUCGGCCCUAUCACUACAGCUCCUCGUCUCUUAGAUCUCAGUGGAAGUGUUGGCUCUCAAACCCAGACGGAUACUUCUAAAGGAUGGAUUCGGCUGCUUUCUCGUUGUUGGCUCUCGUGGCUGCCGGGACCCUUCUUCAAGUGUGGGGUACAGAAAAUGUGACUGCCUUGUAUGGAGGGACCAUUGUUGUACCAUGCAACGGUGGAGCUCCAGCUCCUGAUGAUCUGAUGUUCAUCAAGUGGAAAUAUGAAAAAAAUGAUGGCACUCCUGGCGAUCUUUUGAUCAAACAGACACGCAACGACCAAGCCACCAUUCAGGCCACAGAUGAUUAUGCCCAGCGGGUCAGCACUGAUGACAAGUUCAGCCUGCUCAUCAACCAGGCCUCACUUAAAGACCAGAGGACCUUCACCUGCAUGGUGGUGUCAGUCACUGAUCUCUUGGAAUAUCCCGUCUCUGUCAUUGUUUACAAAAAACCAUCAUCAUUUCAGAUUAUGGACAAGUCUGAAGUAUUGCAGAAGGACAUAUUAACAACGGUAGGAACAUGUGUUGUUGCAGAUGCAAACCCUGCAGCUACUAUCACAUGGAAAAAGAAUGGGCAACCUUUGUUAGCCAGUGGGAAAGCUGUAAUAACACCCAGCUUGAGGCUGGACCCAGCCACGGGCCUGUCCACUACCUCCUCCACCCUCCAGUAUGUAGCCACUAAGCAGGACAUUGGUGCAGUCUUUGCUUGCGUUUCCACACACAAGCUGACCAAUCAGGAAACGGAGAUGGAACCUCUUCCUAUUCACUAUCCCUCAGAGAAGGUUAGUCUCCAAAUAAUGCCCAAGGGGCCUGUCACAGAAGGUGAUAAUGUGACAUUGAAGUGUCAUGCUGAUGGCAACCCUCCACCCAGCUCCUUCUUUUUCUACAUCAAGGGCCAGAAAGUGCUGGUGGAAAACUCUGACACCUACACUUUGAACGCCAUCAACAGAGGGGCUGCAGGUGAAUACAAAUGCUCCAUGGCAGAUAACGAAGAAAUGGAGGCCUCCCAAAGCAUCGUUGUUAGCUACCUGGACCUGAGUCUGAGUCUGACUGGAAGAGUUGUUAAGACAGUAGGGGAUGCCUUGUCUGUGAAGAUGGAGAAGAACGCUUCGGGUGAUGCUAAAGUGUCAUGGACAAAGAAUGGAAAGACCGUGACGAUGCCAGAGUAUAGCAAGUUGAUCUACACUAAUGCAGGAAUCUACAUGUGUGAAGUUUCCAUGGCUGGGCUCACGCGACGUCAGAGCUUUGAACUGGUCAUAGAAGGAAAGCCUUUAAUCACAAGCCUGAACCAACACCUUGCUGAUGAUGCUAAACACAAAGUCCUGACCUGCGAAGCUGAGGGAGUACCAGAGCCAAUCUUCCAGUGGAGCAUCAAUAACACAAAUGAGGAGAGCUCUUACAGCAAUGGCAAGGCCACCCAUAAAAUCACUGUGAUACCCAAGGUGAACCUGACUGUCACCUGCAGGGUCAGCAACAAGCUGGGAGAAGAUAUCAUGUUAAUCAAUGUUUCCUCUGCUUUUAAGGGGGACACUCAAGGAAGAGAAUCUCCAGAGGAUUCACAAGACCAGUCAAUGCUCAUCGUGGGUGUCGUGGUGGGGCUCAUCGUAGCUGCUGCUCUAGUGGGGCUCAUCUACUGGCUCUACAUAAAAAAUUCAAGACAAGGAAGCUGGAAAACUGGUGAGAAGGAAGUUGGAACACGUGAGGAGAGCAAGAAGCUGGAGGAGAACAAUCACACUGUUUAAAAGGUAUGUCUCUGUGGGGAAGAAGCAGUCGACAGCAGCCUUGCAGCAUCAAAAUACGGACUCUCCGUUGGCUGCUGAAGCGCUCCAUUAGGCUCCACAUCGGCAGCCACAAUCAGUUUUCCACCUGGUCCAGCCUUCAGUCUGCUGUCCCACUUCGUUUUCUGAAAUCUGCACUGAGGCAGUCGUGUGUUACUGUGUCAUUCAUUUUUUGUGUGUUCUUGGUAAGUGCUCACUGUUGUUUUAUUUUGGCAAUUUUGUGAAGCUGUGUGGAGGGACGUAUGUAGCCCUGCGACAGACUGGCGACCUGUCCAGGGUGUCCCCUGCCUUCGCCUGAGUCAUUUGGGAUAGGCUCCAGCACCCCCCGCAACACUAAUGAGGAUAAAGCGGUGCAUAGAGAAUGGAUGGAUGGAUGUGUGGAGGGUUUUUUUGGCGCUUUAAUUUUUCUUUAAGGACUUUGUGUUGUUAUUCUUGAAUUUCUUCAAAGAAUGUAAAUUCCUUGUACAUUUUUUAAGGUCUGCAUAACUAAUUAUAAUUAUGUAUGUGCCCUGGGUGACAGUGCCUAUGUUUAUUUUUACUUUUCAUUUUUGAUUUGACUGUGUGUGGAGAAUCCUGUAUUCAGCUGUGCUCAGAUAAAAUGACUUUUCACUGCUGUUUACUGAGACUGUUCUCAGACUAUUCAAAAGAUAAUCUUACCAUCUCUUAAUUUCUGGAUUUCAACUGCUGGCAAAACAAUUAUUUGAAUAUUUAAUUAACAACACAAAAACCCCAGCUAUCUUCAAAAUAUUAAAUUAGAAACUUUGAAUGAUUUGUUUGUUGGUAUGAAGCAUUUCUUUGUUACCCAACGAACCAACCUGAGUGCGUUUUAAAGGGGAACUUCGUUUUUUUUCAACCUGGGGUCUGUUUCCAUAUGCCAUUUCAUACAUGUGAGUGAUGGAGAAAUGAAUUUUCGACAUAGC